UGAUAACUCUAGACCUCGCCACACCCAAUUUUCUCUUUUUCUUCUCCAAUCUCUCCUUCCUCCAUUCACAAAACGAAGUCUAAAUCGCUUCCAAAACUGUGUCUGCAACUCCCCAGUAACUAUUCUUUGAUUUUCUCCCUAAAAAUUCCAGUGUAUCGGACCUCAAGAACGCACAAUGAAUCCGAUCCAAGAGACUUGUUUUAGCAUAAUACGGAUCCAGCUCAAACCUGUCGACCUCCCUCUCUUCUACAUCCGUCUCCUCUUCUUGUUCGUCCCCACCUAAGCGAACCCAGAAUCAACCGUGAAAGUUACGAAAAUACCUCGAAUUCUUUGAAAAAGCGUUGCCUAUUAACCUUAAUUUUGUCGAAAGUGUACAAGUUUGAAGGUUUAUUAAGAACAGGUGAGAAAAGUUUCUUAAUUUCCACGAAGCAGCUGUUUAAUGUCAGGUUUGUCGAUACUCGAUGUGUUCACGGAGGAUUUACUCGUGCGAGUUCGCGGCGAAAUUGGCGAUGAGUUGGAUGCCAAGACGUGGCGACUCGUUUGCAAGGAAUUUCUUCGAGUUGACUCGCUUACUCGAUCAACUCUCCGGGUCAACCGUAUCGAGUUCUUGUUUCAGCUUUUAGAGAAAUACCCAAAUGUUAGAACUCUGGACCUCUCCUUGUGUCCACGUGUUAACGACGGAAUCAUUUCGUCGUUAUUGAGUCGCACUCGUAAUUCACUGAGCUGGACUCGAAGCUUGAAGUCUCUCAACCUGCGUCGUGCCACAGGGUUGAGAUACAAAGGUUUAGAGAUGCUUGCAAUCGCGUGUGUGUGUUUAGAGAGUGUUGACGUAUCAUAUUGUUGUGGGUUUGGGGACCGGGAAGCAGCGGCUUUAUCUCAUGCCGGAGGGUUGAGUGAGCUGAAGAUGGACAAGUGCUUGAAUGUGACAGAUGUUGGAUUGGCAAAGAUAGCAAUUGGGUGUCUGAACUUGGAGAGGUUAAGCUUGAAAUGGUGUUUAGAGAUAAGUGAUCUGGGUAUCGAUCUUUUGUGCAAGAAGUGUCAGAAUUUGAAGUCUCUUGAUUUGUCUUAUCUUAAGUUCUUUCAGGUAACAAGUGAUUCGCUCCGUUCAAUUGCUACUUUGCCUUACCUGGAGGAUUUGGCUUUGGUGGGGUGCCCUUUAGUGGAUGACUUUGGAUUACAGUAUGUUGGAAAUGGAUGUCCAUCGCUACAGAUAAUUGAUGUAUCAAGGUGUGAAUCUGUCAGUUCAUCUGGCAUAAUCUCUGUAAUUAAAGGACACAGUGGUCUUCUGCAGCUGAAGGCAGGUUACUGUUUUUUGGAGCUUUCCACGACUGCUCUCUACAACAUGAAGGGCUUGAAGAACAUUGAAACAAUCAUAAUUGAUGGGGCUAAAUUAUCUGACUCUAGCCUCCAUUUCAUUAGCACCAAUUGCAAGUCUCUGGUUGAAGUUGGGUUGAGUAAAUGUGUAGGGGUGACAGACAUGGGCAUCAUACAACUUGUAUCUGGCUGUGUUAAUUUGAAAAUCAUCAAUCUAACAUGUUGCCAUUCAAUUACUGAUGCUGUGAUUUAUGCUAUAGCAGGCUCUUGUCAUAGUCUUGUAUGCCUAAAGGUAGAGUCGUGCCACAUCAUAACAGAAAAAGGUCUUUAUCAGCUUGGAUUGUUUUGCUUGCUCCUCGAGGAGCUUGAUCUUACAGAUUGUUGUAGUGUAAAUGAUAAAGCACUUGAAUAUCUGUCCAGAUGUUCUGAACUGUCAAUCUUGAAAUUGGGACUUUGCACAAAUAUAUCGGACAAAGGACUGUUCCAUAUUGCCUCUAAAUUUUCAAAGAUUCGUGAACUGGAUCUUUAUCGAUGUGUGGGUAUUGGAGAUGAUGGUUUAGCUUCUUUGUCUACUGGUUGCAAGAAGUUGAAGAAUCUCAACUUGUCAUACUGUGAUAAGAUCACUGACAGAGGGAUGGGGUACAUAGGCUCCCUUAAGGAACUCUCUAACCUGGAAAUACGUGGGCUGAUGAACAUCACGAGUGCAGGUUUGACUGCAGUUGCAGCUGGGUGUAAGAAGCUGGCAGACUUGGAUCUUAAGCAUUGUGAGAAGAUUGAUGAUUUAGGCUUCUGGGCGCUUGCUUUUUAUUCACAGAAUUUGAGACAGAUAAAUUUGGGCUACUGUGCUCUCUCAAAUGUCGCGCUUUGUAUGGUGAUGGGGAAUUUAACUCGCCUGCAGGAUGCUAAGCUUGUGCACCUCAACUAUUGCACAAGGGAAGGGUUUGAGCUUGCAUUAUGGUCCUGCUGUGGUCGGAUGAAAAAGGUUAAGUUAAUUGCCGCUCUCAGGUUCAUGCUUUCAUCAGAAUUAUUGGAAGCCCUUCAUACUACAGGUUGCAAGAUUAGAUGGGACUGAUAUGAGCUUUUAAGGAAUUCCAUCUAAAGUUUCAGGUUCAUUAGUUACUGCACUAGAACUUAUUCAUGCUGGCAGAAAACAAAACGGUCCUCGUUUCUUUUGCACCCCACUUGUGUCCGUGUGCUUUUUGAUGGAAUAUAAGGCAACUUUAUGAUCUGUAUGUUUUAUAUUGGAUUGAAUUGAGAAUUAUGAGGCUUGUAAUUGGCAUUCUUAAUAUUAUAAUAAAGUUGAUGUUUGAUGAGGUGAAA